UACAAAUCGGGAGCCACAAUAGCUCGGUGAGUAAGAGAUGAUGGCUCGCUAACCUGUAGGUCCUUUGUUCGAUCCCGGUGUUGGCAGCAAAGUUCAUCUGGAUUCUCCGGCGUGGUUCCAGGGACAACAUAUGGUCGUUCGGAUGGGACAGAAAACCUAGGUCCCGUGUACACAUUAGUGUGCACGUAAAAGAAUCCUUAACAACUCGAAUUUGAUACAAGGGUUAGAGGUAGCGCAGGAACAUGAAGUUUAAAUUGUGGGCAUUUUUUCCAACUUUCGAGGUUUCCCGAAAGUGUGCACCUGAAAUUCAUAAACAUUAGGAUGAAGAAAGUAAUUGUUAUCUAUAUAUAUUUCGAUAAUAACUAACAAAUGAAAUAAAACUACCUCCCAGCGAUGACAUUAUAACCAAUGACCAUGACCUCGAAUAUAUAUAUACAUAGCCUACACUGUUUUGGUAGUCAUCUCAACACAAUAGCGCGCGUUUUUGUCAAUCGUGGCCACCCUCACCUUACACGACGAAGAAGAAUAGAUUUCUGGUGUUCAGUUAAGAAAUGAUGAUGAUGUCGGUAUGUAGAUGUGUCGGUUUGUUCAGAUUGGGGACUCCCUUGAAAUUGAUGUCCAGAUGGUCGUCCUACAAUGUGAUGAAUCCAGGUGGACAGGGAACAUCAUACGGCGACGUUCAGAGAAGAAACAAAGCGUUUUGUGAUAACUCUAAAGACAAGAUACUCAAAAUAGUUGAAAAUCUGGUUACCAAAACUCAUCCAGAAAAUGAACCAUUUACUGUAGCCGAAUAUGGUGCCGCGGAUGGCUCGAUUUCAAUGGAACUAAUGACUGACAUAAUUAGUGUUAUUCGAUCAAAGUGUGGAAAAAACAAAGAGAUUCAUGUAAUGUAUGAAGAUUUGCCAGAGAGUGAUUUCAAUUCAUUAUUUAAAAGAAUCCAGGGUAUUAUACCCAUUCCCAGAUCAUAUCUUCUGGAUCAUGAAAAUGUUUAUGUGACAUCUACAGGAACCAAUUUUUUCAAGCAGUGUUUUCCUUCCAAUUCUGUAGAUCUAGCCUUGUCUUUUACAGCAUCACAUUGGUUAUCGAAACCGGUGUAUGUACAUGACCACGUGUAUGCUUAUUUCACCCAAAAUAAAGACGAAAAUGACGCCUUAACGAAACAAGCAGCCGAAGAUUGGGUACUCUUCCUGAAAAACAGAACCAAAGAAUUGAAACCAGGUGGUUGGGGUGUCUUCGCAACGGGUGGGGGAAGAGAUGCUUCUCCGGAAGAACCAGACUGUGUAGCUUUUCAGGAUGGAUGGAUUGCUGCGGGUAAAAGUUGGAAAGAUUUAUUUGAUCGUAGUAUUAUUACAAAGGCCGAGUUAAAACAAGGUACAUACGCUUUUUGCUCGAGAAGCCCGCGUGAGCUAGAAGAACCAAUCCGUGAUUCCAUAGAGUUACACAAUAUGGGUCUUAAACUGCAUGAAAUUAGACUGGAUGCUCUUCCUUGUUUUUAUGUCACAGAAUGGAAGCAAAAGUUAGAGCAAGGUAUCGAUGAUCGAGAAAGUUUAGCUCGAGAUAUGACGAAAUAUUUAAAAACACCUACCUAUAAUACUUUCUAUGAAGCACUGAGUAGCGAGCGAAGCGAGGAACAGAAAUCACAGAUCUGUGAAUUAGUAUUUAAAGGAAUGGAGGAGUGUCUUUUAUCUAAAUAUCCCGGGGACAUGAAUCCCUAUUGUUUUUACACAAGUACGUAUGUUCAAAAGGAACAGACAGCGGUGACCCCCAAAAGCAUCCCUUACUUAAUGUAA